UUGUUAUUAUUAUUUUAAAUACUGAGAAUAUUAUUGACACGUUAAUAGCGUUCUUACGUUAAUAGCGUUCUUGAUAGAAGUCUUGUUUUGGCGUUGCUACUAGCGCCUGCUGUGAAACAACAGGAUCACACAGUGAUUGAUCUUCAGUCCUAGUGGAAAGGCGGCAAUCAAAAAUACUCUGUUUUUUUUAAUUCGUUUUAUAGAGUCGUGCCAUCUCUAAGAAGAAGAACUGCAGUUGUGUCUUUGGGAUGUGCUGAAGGCAAUCAUCAGAUGACUUCAAACAAAGAGCGUCCCAGUUGCACACCGACACCGUGCGCACGGGGCAAACGGCCAAUGCAUCAAAGCACUCUGACUCUUGGCGAUCAGACUAAAGACAUUUAUUCUACUACACAAGCAGAGUAUUUUUCUGGGAGAGGCCUCGACGGUCAAGCUCUGGUCCUUCUGCCCCGAGAUCCAUGUCAUUCCUCUCAGUAUGAUGGAAAGCUGGAGCUCAGUCACAUCCCUGUGUCACGAGGAGGACAGACACACUCCAGAGAUGUACACGGCCCAAGGGACAUCAUACCACAUUACAUCUUGCACAGAGUGGGGUUACAGAACAGGACACAGAACAGGGAGGGGGUCGUGAUGAAAGAGGUCACCAACCCCGCCGAGGCCACACUGUACCAGACAACAUAUCAAACCGUGCACUGCACCACUUCCAAAAGAUAUCAAACAAAUGAAGCAUGUGGACAGCCAGUCCCCUGGCACAGGCAUAAUAUUAUCACAGGAGAUGAGAAGGCAGCAGCUGGGCCCGGGCCGGUCAGAAGACAGUCUGGGGAGAGCAUUCUGUGGGAAGCUCGGCGUUGGGAGAUGAACAGGGACUCUUUUCAUUUAUACUAAACAUGGCAACAAUAAAUAACUAAUAAAAAGUACUCAAAAGGACUCGAGACACUUCAUUGUAGUGGUUAGAAGUCAAAUAAAGUUCUACACGGCAUGUAGGUCUUCAAAACUGAAAAAAAAAACUGAAAAAAAAAAGGUAAAUUUGAAGGUAUGUAAUUAUCUGGUAUAUUCGGUCUCUGAAUAAGUUACUAUAAUUUAAAUCUAAACCGAAAUAGAGGGCUAAAAUUAAAAUAAAAGCUAAAUAAUAGCAAAUACUAAUUAAUAAUACUUAACACUAACCCAAAUAUGAUUUCUUAUUAUUUAAAAUAAUAUACAAGCGUUGUAUAUGUGUGUGUGUGUUUUCUGCCAAGUAAGCAUUUCAAAUUUGCACUUAUUUUUUCUUCAUCUAGUACCAUCUACAUAUUAUUUCAGCUUUAUCACUAAAACUGAUUUUUUUUUUAAUAGUUGACAAUAACAAUGAUUUGGGGAAAAAAAAGUUUUCAAUCAGUUUAUUAUUGUGCUGAACACGCCCAAACACAAAAUGAGAGUUAAAAAGAGAGAGAGAAGAGAGAAGACAAACUUAAGACAAGCCAGCAGAAACAAAGAAACAUGAGGAGAGAAAAUGAAC